AUGCAUUACGAAGAAGCAAAUUUAUCAGAAACGGGAAAAUUUGUUCAUUUUCGAUCCGAUGCAAUCCAUGAUGAUGUGGCUAGAAACAGCUCGAAAUUAUUAGAAAGGAUAAAUCCUCAUAGCUUUGGUCUUAUCAACGAAAAGAGACCUCUCGUUCUGAUGCUUUAUAUCUUCAUCAUUUCUGCACUGAUUAUAGCAGCUGUAUUAUCGACAAUACACGUUUAUAUCACCGAAAGACGAUUUUGGAAAGAGAAAAAAUUACUUAAAGCUAUGUUUCCUGAAUGA